AUGCCAAGCCAUUGCCCCAGUAUGAAUUGCACCGACCAGCAACAUGAAACAAAUUCUCAGCACGGUCAUGUACACAUCCCAUGUUCCGAAAUGAUUCAAAGACAAAAAAUAGCCGUUCUUUACCAAUGCAAAGUAUGCGAAAAGUAUUUUAACCGCCCAAGUGCCCUCCAGACUCAUUCAUACACACAUACAGGCGAAAGACCUUUUGCAUGCGACAGUGAAGGAUGUGGUAGAAGAUUCUCAGUGAUCAGUAAUCUGAGAAGGCACAUUAAGGUCCACAAGAAAAAUAGGCCAGAAUUACAGAGAAAUAGCCGUGCUUACUCUCACAAGAGGUAUCAGAACGUUCAACGACUUAUGGAAAAAACAGCAUGCGCCCCUUGUGUGAACAAUAAGCAGUAUCUUGAGCCACCUAUUUGUUUCCAAUACAACGGAGCACCUGCCUAUAUGCAGCUACCACCCUUGUUGUUGAGACAGCUGAAGAGAAAGCAAGAUUUCAUGGACGAUCCUUGUUCAUUGGCCACAGCACAGCCUGGAGAAAUUCAGCUUCCCCCUCACAACUCACGUUUAUUCCCAUCACCCUUUACACUCAAUCAGACUUUCGGAAAACUCUCAGAAUGUUCGAAUAAUAAGCCAUAA